AUGCACCCUCUCACAAUAUUUUAUUCUAUAUACGGUUUCAAUUUAACUGUUUUCUUCUGGGAAUUGUAUCUGUCAUACCGCCAAGUAAGUAUAAUAUAAUAAACAAUAAAAUCUUAUGUAGUAUUGUCUUUUCCGGGACACUGAGAAACGGCCGGAGCAUGUCUCCGAAAUUAUCAACGAGUCGGACUAUGACAAAGCUCGUCGUUACAAAUUGGCCAAGCUAAGAUUCGGGUUUGUGUCGAGUAUUGUCGGGCAGAUAUUGACCACAGUAAGUGUUUUUUUCAUUGUUUUAGCUUAUCAAUGAUUUUAGAUCAUUUUAUUUUUCAACGUUAUGCCAUGCCUUUGGAAGAAAGCCGGAUCAAUAGCCGAAUCUAUUUAUGGGGAUAGUGAGGUAAGAUGUCUUUCAAAUCAGCCUGCAUUAUUUUAUUAAUAGUUAUACAUUGUUAUGGUUUUCACUAACUGCGCUUUUCAGAUAAUUCAAUCCAUAUUUUUCGUUAUUCUUUCCUCUUUGUUCGAAAACAUUACUUCUUUGCCAUUUGGAUUGUACGAAAACUUCGUUAUCGAAGAAAAGUUUGGAUUCAACAAGCAGGUAAGUAUGACACUGUAUGGCUUUAGACAUACGUUUCAGACCGUGAAGUUUUAUUUAACCGAUAAAGUAAAGAAGUUUGUGGUUGCGACCUUGAUUGCGUCUCCAUUGAUAGCUGCCCUCAUUUGGAUUGUUAAUGUUGGAGGAGAUUAUUUCUUCGUUUAUGUUUGGAUCUUUGUCUCACUUGUUAUAUUCGUAAGUUAAGAGUCUAUUUGGUUUGAGAGUUUAGGUAAUGAUGACGAUAUAUCCUGAAUUUAUUGCGCCCUUAUUCGAUAAGUUUACUCCAUUGCCUGACAGUGAACUCAAGACAAAGAUUGAGAAAUUGGCGGCAUCCGUCGAAUUUCCGUUGACCAAGUUAUAUGUGGUUGAAGGUGAGUUGAUGGUGUCGUUUUUUGAUCUUUUUAAUUUAGGCUCCAAACGUUCGUCCCAUAGCAAUGCAUACAUGUAUGGUUUCUGGAAGAACAAGAGAAUUGUUUUAUACGAUACGCUUUUGAGUGAAGAGAUGAAUAAUUUGCUGAAGGAGAUUCAUUUGAAAGAAGAUGCCAAAAAAGACGAACAGGAACCAUUGGAUAAAAAUAAGGUGUCUUUUUUUUGAAUGACGUCAUUUUGAAAAAUUCUGUCAAAUUAACAACCGUAUUUUUUAUCGUUUUUAUGCUUAUCGUUUAAUUUUAAGGAGAAGGAGAAGAAACUUGGCAUGAAAGAUGACGAGGUAGUAGCAGUUUUGGGACAUGAGUUAGGACAUUGGAAAUUGUCGCACACUCUUUCUAACUUGUCGAUUGCUGAAGUGAACCUCUUUUUUAUAUUGGUGGUGUUCUCCUACUUUUAUCAGAAUGAGAAUAUUUAUCUGGCCUUUGGAUACGAACGUCCUGCCGUGCUCAUCGGGCUUACUCUUAUCACUCAAUACGUCUUAACCGCAUAUAAUGAAGUUGUUAACGUCGCCAUGAGUUUCUUGAGCAGAUAUAUGGAGUUCUCUGCUGACAGAUUCUCGGCGAAGCUUGGAUACACGGAUCUUCUUUGCACAGCGCUUAUUAAGUUGGGAAAGGACAACUUAUCUAUGCCCAUUGAUGAUCCGCUUUACUCUCUUGUCCAUCACUCCCAUCCACCAAUUAUUGAACGUAUCGCAGCCCUCAGAAAGACACAAUGA